AUGUUGUUACGUGGCACCAUCUCCGCUCCUCUUCCACCCUCUCUCCGUCUCCGCCAAGUUCCGGCACGACUUCUCCGCCGAAACGUCUCUGUCGCGACGUCGUCGUCCUCGUCAUCCUCCUCCUGUGGCGACGACUACCCGCUCUCGGUCUCCGACGCGGCGCUGGAGUCGCGCGGGUUUUUGCUGCGGCGCGGCGCGGAGGGACUAGACUUGGAGGAGCUGAACGCGGUGUUCGCGGCGGUGGGUUUCCCGCGGCGGAACCUGGAGAAGAUCCGCGUGGCGUUGGAGCACACGGAAGCGGUGCUGUGGGUGGAGCACCGGAGGACGCAGCGGCCGGUGGCGUUCGCGAGGGCCACCGGCGAUGGGGUCUUCAACGCCAUCAUAUGGGACGUGGUGGUGGACCCGUCAUUCCAGGGCAUUGGACUCGGCAAGGCAGUUAUCGAGAGGCUGCUGAAGGACCUUCUGGGGAAAGGAAUUUCCAAUAUUGCCCUCUACUCGGAGCCCCGCGUUCUCGGGUUUUACCGCCCGUUGGGCUUCGUCGCUGAUCCCGAUGGCAUCCGGGGAAUGGUGUACUCCAAAAGACUAAAGAAAAAAUAG